UUGACUCUCAAUUUUUUUGCUUCAACAAUCAACAUCCAAAUAGUAAAACCUUUCAACUCAAUGGAUUAGUUAAUCAUUAAUCUAAUUGAUGAAACUAUCCCCUUACUUAUGGAGAAUAAGUGAAUCUAAUAAAUCAAUCGAUUAGUUAAUAAUUUAAUCUACUCUGUGAAUUGUCUUGAAAGUAAUCGACUCGAUUGACAAGGUUCACUUUGUUUUUCAUUUAGUCUUUUGAUUGAUCAUCAUGGAAGAUCGUAGUGGGAAACAGCAAUCAACUAAUAACAAUAGUUACCAGAUGAAAUUUCUUAAAUUAAACAGAGAUGGAAGAAGUGCUUUUACUCCUUACAGGCCUUCAACUAUAUUGACGAACCUGCAACGGGGAAACAUUAAGACCCAAAGUAUUCGUGAAAUACCAGAGAGAACCGUGUUUGAAUUAGCUGCUCAAGGGGAACUUUACCUUCAUCACCUUGACGCUGGCGGAGUUGAUCAGGUCGAUGAAAAUGGUUUCACUCCGUUGAUUUGGGCUGCAGGUUAUGGACAAUUAACUACCGUCAAAAUGUUAAUCGCUGGAGGUGCUAAUCCAAAGGUUAGAGGUAAAAAUGGAGAAUCAGCUCUUUCCUUUGCAGCAACUAAUGGACAUGUUCAUGUGCUUCGUUAUUUAAUUGCUAGAGAUGUCAACGUAAAUGAAUAUGAUGAGGAAGGAAACACAGCUCUGAUGUAUGCAGCAUAUAAUAAUCAUACUUUGUGUGUUCACGAAUUGUUGAAGGCCAAAGCUGAUUUAACAAUACAAAAUUGUAAUUUAGAGACAGCAUUUAGCAUUGCGGUGAUGAGAAAAUCUAAACAAGUCCAGAUAAUUCUCGAACGUCAUGUUUUAAAUUUAUUCUCCGGAGAUCUAAUGACCUGAAGACGGAAAUUCACCACUAGAAAUCUAAUAUUUUAAAUUCAAAAGUGUUCUCAUUCUUAUGCAUAUGGUUAAUCUCAUCGUCUCAGCAAUAUUUGUGUGUUGCUUUAUUUUACUUUACAUUUUUUAAUUGCUAAUCAACUUUCAUUUGGUAAAGAAAAAAAAAGAUUUGUGUCAAUAUAAAAAUCUUGAAAUUUUCAA